AUGUCCAGUGAUGGCCAAGUGGUCAGAGCAAAGGGUUUUCCUUCCUUCGCUUAUCCUCCUCGUUCUCUCUCAGCUCCACCUUUCCCCACCACACCUGCUGCCCGUUUGCACGCUCAUUUCUCAGUCCUGCCUUCCUCUCUUAUAUUUCCUCAGAUAUGCUCCCAGUUUCUGGUCCGUGUUGUUCAUGACUGGUUCGCCGCUCUGCCUGUUACCGACGCUCCCAUUUUUCCGAUGACCACAUUUUGUCUCAUACCACCUCAGCAGUUUAACAUAAACAUUAAAGGGAUUCGAACCCUGGUCUCCAAGAUGAAAGAUCUGCUGGCUCAGCUCCUGAAGAAAUAUUAGAUCAUUCUGCCAAUUGUUGAUUAUAAAUUAAGUCCAAUUCCCAAAUUUGCAGCUUGUCAUUAAUUAAUUUACUCAGAGCACAUUCAAAGUAGGCCAGCUGACUGACAGAAGCUGGAGUUCUCCAUCAUCUCCACUAAGCGGCGUCAGCUGAAGGCAUGAAGCUGAAGUUCUCAUCAUCUCCACUAAGCGGCGUCAGCAGUAGCCUGGACUCUAUGAUGCUUGAUGCAGGUCACCUGUUGCCACAAACCCAACAUGCCAUUUUACCAACAGACCUUGCAAUGGUGACAAAUGUUACACAAUUCUGAUCAUCUGAACAGAUGCAAAUAUAAAAUGCAGCAAGAAAAACUCAGCACAGAUGACUUAUGUUUUAAUUUGUUUAUUUUAAAAUUAAAAUAAAUAUCAAUGCAUGUAAAAAUCUCUGAGAAAACAAACAAACGUCGUCCAUGUUUAAAUGUGGAAUAUUACAGCACGUCGUAAUGCUUCCAUGAAAACUCUUGAAUAAAUUAUACAGAUGGUGAAACACAGAACGUUACACAUAACGAAUGCAUCCUUUGCACUGCUUGGGUUUGAUUUUGUGCAGCAGUAAGUCUUUCAUCUUCUCAAUUAAUUUCUGACUCACCGGGUUGAAUGAACAUCCACAAUGAAGAAUGAAACAAAAAACAAACAGGACAGAGAGAGAAAGAUCGGCCGUCUGCAUGUUGAAGGAAACACUGACAGUGAUA